AAAUUACGUCUGCUUGGGUAACUCCAACGACUGUGCUUUAAAUUAAUUGCAUUGUCUUAGAUAUUACAUUAACUAGCCAUCCUGGUUGGGGAACGCCGGAUUUUAUGUACUGAUGUGAAAAUUCGGUCUGUGCGGUUUCUCACGAGACAGAGAAAGUUUCAGUUUCUAUACUUAUCAUUAUUUUGUGAACAAGCGGAUAGUGAAUAUUAAUCACUGGCCAUCGUUCAAAAAAAACGUCUCGAUAAAGCUGUUUGUUAGUAUGGCUUAGUUAUCGGGAGUGAUUGUUCACUAUAUAAUGAAUAAUAUAAUAAGAACCUGGGGAUUUUCCGAGUAAAAUGCUUCGACACAGUUUGUCAGCGCGAACAGAGAGACAAAAAAUUCCACUGGAGCAGAAACGGAGGGAUAUUAGAAAGCAACUCUCCUUCAAUUCACCGUCAAGAAAAGGCAAUUUGAGCGUUCGCAGGGAGAGUGAUUCUCAAGUUCAAAGUCUCGAUGACAUCGAGAAACAAUGGCACCAGGCCUCCAUGGAAUGUGACCUUCCCGCCAUAACGAGGCUUCUGGAAAAGGACCCGAACCUCGCUACCAAGCAGGAAUUCGUAAUGGUAUGUGAUUUAUUAUUCCUUUUCUUUCCUUUAUUCUUUUCUUUCCUUGAGUCCAUAAUGAGAUUGCUAAUGUUUUUAUUUUUAUUGUUUCCACGGUCGUGGUGUCGUCGUGUCUAGGGCGUAAGUAAAGGAUACUUAUGAUUUCUAAUAAAUCUAAACAUUUGUAUCUUUUGAUUUGCUAAUAUGCUUUUUUUUCGUUUCAUAUUUAUAAAUGGACUCCUUCGCUGUAAACAGUAUACUGCAAUGCACUGGGCAGCGAAGAAAGGUAGAAGAGAUGUCGUUGAGGCCCUCGGUGGAACAGGAAUAGACGUAAACGAAAAAACGAGGGGGGGGUACACGGCCUUACAUUUGGCAGUUAUUCAAGGGAACGAAGAAGUCAUCUCUAUGCUAGUCGAUAAUUACGAUGCUGAUAUCCACAUCCGGGACAACAGCGGCUACAAGGCAAAACACUACUUGAGACCAGACGCAUCGCUAUGGGCACAAAGAAAACUUGGAAAGAAAAUUGCUCCUCCUCGUAGUCCAGCCAUACGUUCGUCAGGCAAGAAUGAGCGAGACAUGGAGCACAUUUCAUCGCUAUUGGUACAGAUGCAAACUCUCAGCAGCUCGCUCGGAUCAGGGGUCGAUUUGAUUGGCUUAGACAUGCCUGUCACUCCACCAACGCCUCGGAAACUACGAUCGUCCUCAUUCGUGAAGAUCCUUAAAGGGAAGUCGAGUAAAAAGGAAAAAGACACAAAACUCGAAGUUCCAGAUGAACCUCCCAGUGAACCGGAAAUGAGGUACCGCACGGGCCGAGCAAGAUCCGCACCUAACAUAAACCAGAUCAGCAACUGGACACCGAGAGUGUUUCUUGUGCCACCUUGACCAGGAAGAAAGUCCCAAAAAUACCCAGGCUAGUCUAAGGCGUUUGGGUUUCCUGUGGCGGUUUAUCGGACGUCGCAGGAAGUAUCCUUUCCGCUGAGCUCUUCUCAGACUCAACUUUUCACUGUUCAUCCCUACCACAGAAAACCACAGAACGCCUGGAAUAAUGCUGAAAAAUACCAUUAAUAAAGACAAGCUACAAUCUUUUACAAGCUUUCACCAACUAGCCUAGUUACUACAGACAAACAGGUUAAAACAAGCCUGCACAUACGGCUUAAUAUGCAUAUUUUGAACCGCCAAGGCAAAGAGUCAUCUGGACUACUUAUUAAAGGUGUUAAAACAAAUGGAAGGUCAACUUAACCCGUUCACUCCUAAAUGCGAUAUAACACGUUAGCAAUGUACCUCAAAGCCACAAUCUGACGAUUCCAGAACGGCUGCGAGGGAGACUAAGGCCUAGUUCAUACGCCGUUCUUUCCAUGUGCCGUUCCUAAUGUAAAUGCAUGCAAAUGAAGAUGAAACAAUCGACCUCGUUUAUUUGCAUGUAUUUACAUUAGGCUCAUGAAAAGAACGGCGUAUGAACUAGGCCUAAAAUAACACUUGUAUAUUUGUGAAAGAUUAUACUUUAUUACAAAAUACCUCAAAGACAACAUCUAAUAACCAUCUUUAUACAAAGCUAGAAAAUAAUAAAUAUUACAAUCAACUACAA